GUCCAAACACGGAGUACAUCCACACAAAUGACCAUGGCUCGAUUAGACCGAUUGCCCGCUGAAUUAAUUCUUUUAAUUGCGGAUUCUUUAUGCAGUCAAAAGGAUAUCAAUGCUCUAGUGCAAACAAAUCAGACACUUUACCACCUCCUACAUGGGUUUCUAUGCAAAUACAAUGUUCAGCAUUAUCAAGGCAAGGCUCUGCUCUGGGCAGCUGAGAAUGGCCACACUUGUUUAGUGAGAGAUUUACUCAACGCUGGCGCGAAUAUCGCGGCAUUCGAGGGCAUACCUAGGGGCAACCCGCUCUGGCUCGCUUUUGAUCAUGGCCAUCUGGCCACCGUCAAAAUCCUGCUUUCCGAAACACGGCCAAACAGAUCAUGCACACGUAAACAGCUCCGAAGUACUCUGCAAUGGGCCAUUAGUAUCCACGAUCAGAAGAUCGUGGAGUUGCUGCUCCAGUAUAAGGUCCCCUUGGACCCUAUUGAAGACAGCCGGAGAAUUGGUCGGGAAGACGCGCGAAAUCUCUCUGCCCUGGGUUAUUCUGUUUCAUUCCGCUUCCCUGCCAUAAUUCCUCUUCUUAUUGAGCAAGGGGCACAGCCAGGCUCCUAUGAGGAUCCUGGACCAGUUGAGAGUGCGAUAUGCACUGAUCAACCAGAGGUUGCUGAGCUCCUAUUAAAGCAUGGUGUCCCACUGACAAGUGAUGCGGGUCUCUGUCAUGUUAUGAAACAUAACAACAAAGAACUGUUCCAGCUACUUGUAAAGUAUGGGAUGCAAAUGGACUACUGGGGCCAUAUCCCCUUAUUCUGGGCAAUUAUAGAUGGCAGCUCCCCCGAGAUGGUUGGGUUGCUAAUUGACCACGGGGCCAACCCACAUCUAUCAGGCCAGCUGGUCAUUGGUUUAUGGAGGGAAGUCUACGAUCUGAGCCCCAUUGGGUUUGCUGUGUAUUUUGGGCACCUGGAUAUUGUCAAACUGCUCCUUGAAAAGGGGGUUCAACCCCUGCUCUCUGACUUGCACAUGGCAGAAAAGAAAGAGGAUGUCGAGGCACUGGCUAUUUUAUCGGAACUGUCGUAUGAAGGAAUCAAGGAAAAGAAGGACGUGGAGAUCUAUACCACUUCCCGCGCGCAGGACGAAGCUGCACGGAAUCCGGAAUUCCGAAUCUUGUUUACAAUGCGCCCGCUGUAUGAUCCUGACACAGAGUGAAAUUACUUCCCAUGCCUUCCCUCACUCUAUAGUUGCAACAUUUUAAUUCGAAGAGGCAGCUGUCUGUCCUGUGGGAGUUCUACUAGUAGGGGGCAACCACCUAUAAAAUACAAUCACAUGUACUGCUUGUCUAUCAUGGUAUCUUGGCA